UCUGGAGCGCAUUAAUUCUCCAUCGUGAAGUGAAGAACCAUAUUUAAGGUCGACGGCCCUGCGUGACCUUGACCACAGCGCCCCCUUCAGGCCAGAGCGUGUUCUGCAUGUUGAGGGAUUAAAGAGAUUAAUCUGCAGAAUUGGGUUUUAUCUUCUGACUGUAUUUGAGUUCGUGAUUAUUUUAUAGAGCAAACGAUGAUUUGAUUGGUUAUGAAAUGACCAUCAGAUUAUUAUUAUUAUUAUUCUAUAAUCUAUUUGCUCCCGUUAUAAAACCAUAUCUUAACUCUAUUGAUGUUACACUUGGGUUCUCCGUAGGUAUUCUGAUCAAAGAGUUACCAGAUUAAACUUGGAACAAAUUAAAUUUCCAGGUUUAAAACAAAAACAUCUAAAAAAAAAGUUGUUUUAUGACUAAUUAAUUUAUGGAUUGGUCCAAUUAGUUUUCAACAUAUUCAACAAACUAUUUAAACCAAAGUGCUGAUAUCCAGUAAAUUGUGGAUUUUGAUAACAUUUAAUUCUGAUCUUUUUAUUUGUAAUAAACACAUUUUGAGUUAAUUAAAGUUCAGCAACACGGUAUUUAAACCAUCUUUUCCCCGGUGGGUUUACUUUAGGCCGGAGCUUCUCAUUUCUAACCAGUAGGGGGCGCUGUUGAGUUACCCAGACUCAUGUUUCUACAGUUCAGAGCAGUGUGAGUUUUUGAGCAUCUUUAGCCCCUAAUAAAUAUUAAUAUAUAAAAAUAAACAGUAAACGAUUUCACACGAUGCAGAAAAUGGCAUAUUUGGCAUUUUUGCAUAAAAAAAUACUUCAACCAUUAUAUAAAUUCUUCAUUUUUCUGUCAAUCUAAAACAAAUAUAGCUUUUUUGAACCAGAUUUCUAAGGAUAUUAAUACUUUCUGCAUUUUAUUUCUUAAACUGCACUGCAACUGAAAGCUUUUGGACUGUUUUUGACCUUUUAAUAAAUGUUCUUAACUGUUUUUUAAAUCCUUUGCAUUAUGUUUCGAUGCUUUUAAAGGUUUCAUGUGAAGCACUUUACCUUCACUGGGAAAGAGUUCACCAGGUUGGGUUCUAGGUUGGAUCAUUUUAAAUAAAUCUCGCGGAUUUUUGCUCGAUUCCCAAGAUUUCCAACCCAAAUUUGAAUUGCCGUACGUGAAGUAAAGGUACCUAGUUACCUUCAGCCGGUGGACACACAUUCCUCAGAUGACUGACGGAGAUGCUGCUCAUGUGACAUUAAGGCACUGACCCUGUUGGUUUGGGUUCAGCUUUGGGUUACACACACACACACACACACACACACACACCUGCAAGUGAUACAUGCCCAUCGUGCUCUUCAUGAAUUAUUACAGCGUCUCGUAGCGAGCCGUGUGCAGCCGGGCGAAGGCUCAGUGUGGACGCAGCGACGCAGGCGGGAUGGACAUCUCUGUUCUGCCCAACAACAACCGGCCGGAGAAGUUCCUCCAGCUGGACGUGGGGAUGCUGCCGGCCACACACGGCAUGUUCCAAGUGGGCUCGGUGCUGUCCAGUCAGAAGCAGUGGCAGAACAGAGUCUACUCCCAGAGGGGUCAAAGGGUCAAGACGGACCGCUGGCCCCCCCCAUCCCCAGAGGUCACUCCCGUGGCAUUUGAGGACCGCUACUUGGACAAGCGCAACACGCCAAACUCUCACAAGUCCAACGUGAAGAGGAACCCUCUGUUCGUAGACGUGAGGGCGAUGGAAGAGGCGGAAGACGAGAAGAAGAAGACCAAGCCCUCCUGGACCGUCAGGGAGUACGACACGCAGACGAUCCACGGGAACCUCGCCGAUUAUUUAAAGGAGGAGGAGAAGACUCCGAGGGACCUGGACUUCUGGCUGGAGGACGUCUACACGCCAGGAUUCGACUCCCUGCUGAAGAAGAAAGAAGCGGAACACCAGAGGAGAAGAUUUUGUAAAAUCACGUCUGUAGUCGUGUUGGUCGUCUGCGCCGCGCUCGUCGUAAUCGUGGUGCCCGUUUUGGUUCUGCAGAAGCAGAACUGAUCGAUGAGAACGCCGCCGCUGUGCUCCAUCCUGCAGAUAUCUACCGUUGUUCACUAUAUUCUGAAAGAGGACGAGAAAAAUCUGAAACUUCUCGCUCUGCACCAACUUCCUGGAAGUGACCAGUGGAGGAGAAAUAAAUAAAAAGGUUGCUUACUGGGCCAGAACAUUUCCAUUUGUACAGCCGAUUGGACGGCUGAAAGACGGCGACCACCGACGUGACCUGCAGUCGCAGCAAACACACACUGACCAUCCUUAAGAUGAGCCAAUCACAACGCAGCUCCGGUGGCUUCACGCUGCAGCUCGACACCAACUGGAAAUCAACGUGGUUUUUUUGCUGACUUUUAUUCCUGACGAUAAAGAAUGUGUUGUAAGGUGAUUAAAAAGUCAUUCGUAAAAUGCAAGAAUAAUAUAUUACUCUGGAUAGUGGAUUUUUCAUCCGUAAAUGACAUGAAAUAAUGCAAAGUCAUCUUCAGGCCUUAAAGGUACAGUGUGUAGCAUUUCAGGAGGGGCUCGAUUGGCAGAGAUGGAAUCUAUAAUUAUGUUUCUAUUAGUCUGUAAUCACCUGAAGCUCAGAAUCAUUGUAUUCCGCAAGCCUAGAAUGAAUUAUUAAUAUAUACAUAAGGACCCUAACCCCGUGUUGUACCAGGAUCACGUUGCUACGGCAGCCCAGAACAGACAAACUUAUGAGGUCUUUGCUUUUCUUCUUCUUCCAAUGUUACCCGAAGGCCACCGUAGCUUCUCUUCCUCCAUGGAGUUAGAGGGCUGAGGAGGCGUAUUCAUUACAUCUCAAUCUGCCACCUAACCACUACAUGUCACUAAAACAUCAACGCUGGCCCUUUAAGAGCGGUCGACAUUGCAGUAAAUGUUUUAUCCCUUUAUUUGUGUCUUUUUAAACAAGACGACAUGACAAAAAAAAUUGCACUUUUUUAAUUGUCUUGAUUUUACAAUAUGCACAAAAAUAAACAAUUCUUUAAACAUAUUCUAACCGCUCUUCUCCCCAUUCAGUUGAAAUAUUCCAGAGCACAAAAAAAACACCACGAAUGCAACAGAUUUCAUUUGAUUGAUUUAUUGCAAUAAAGAUGUACAAAGUAU